CGUGUACCUGCGGCCUGCCCCUACUCUGCCUCUUGCCCUUCAGGGCCAUAAAAACAAGAAUUAUACAGGAACGCUGGUUUUCGUUAUGUUUAAGUUUCGAUAAUUGCGUUUUGAUUCAAGCAAUAAUGAAUUUAUGGCACUGGACGUAGCCUGGAAGUGGGGAUUUUAGUGAAAUCCAAUGAGUUUCGUGUUGUGAUUAGUGAAUACAAGGACGCGGAUGUAAAAUGCCUUGCGAGAGCUGCGCCGUGCAGUUCAGCGUGUUCAAAAGGAAACGACCAUGCUCUGAGUGUGAACGGUAUUACUGCAGCGCGUGCCUGCGCCGAGGCGGCGGGAUCAUGUGCGCCCCUUGCCGGGUGCUCUCCACCAGACCCCUGUCCAGACAAACCAUAGCCCACCUGAAAGUCCGCGAUCUCCAAUGCUUCCUCCAGCGACAAAAUGUUUCCACGCGAGGCUGUGUUGAAAAAGAAGAGCUCCUAAGCCUCUGCAUCUCACACGUGAACAGCUCAGCGUACCGCCGCCGCGGUCCGCGCGCCGGCGCCAGUCCGUUCACCAGCACGCUAAAAGGCAUCACAAAUAACAUCAACGACUUCAUCACAUCCACCUUCGAUCUGAGGAACACUGCGCAGCCUGCACCGCCUCCUAAUAGAAGUAGUUGUUUCAAUUCAGCUCAUGCACACACACCCUCCAGUGGAACGGAGAAUAUUCAACCAAAUAUUAACAAUUCUGACCGAAGGUUCACAACCACUCCAGGUGGUGAGCAAGACAUCCGCGUGCCCGUACCGGAGCCCGCGGUGUCCCGCAGCGAGUCGUCGGGCAGCGUGCGCGUGGAUACAACCGACUGCUUCGAGAUAGAAGACCUGGAUGAUACCGGCUGGGAGUUUGUCACACGACCGCCUGCGGAGCCGCUGCCCAAUGAUUCAGAAGUGCUAAUCACAAGCCACACUAUCCCACCACCGAACAACUCAAGCGAGCGUAUAAUCGAGCGGGCGGCUUCAGAGCUGGAGCUGUACCGGCCCGAGUCGGCCGACACCGCGCGCUCCGACACUGCAAGUCUGCAGGACGAGCCCGUCAUGCAGGAUGGGAUCAAGGAUGAGGAUGAUAGUCCAAAGCAUAUAAACCUGGAGCACAUAAAACAAGCGUCAGAUUUAGACGCGUUGAAUGUGAAACAACUUAAGGAGCUACUAACCCGCAACCGCGUGGAGUACCGCGGCUGUCUCGAGCGGAAGGACCUGCUCGAGAGGGCCAAAAUGCUGUGGAGGGACCACGCUAAAUAUAAAGAUGAGAUCGACAACCUGCCGCUGGAGGAGUGCUGCAAGAUCUGCUUCGCGGCGCCGCUGGAGUGCGUGCUGCUGGAGUGCGGCCACAUCGCCGCCUGCACCGCCUGCGCCAAGCAGCUCGCCGAGUGCCCCAUCUGCCGCCAGUACGUCGUGCGCGCCGUGCGCUUCUUCCGCUCCUGAGUCCAGGACUAGUUCUCCCCUGUGCAUAUCACAAUAUGGUAUUACUUACGCUCCUGCGCCCUAUCUACCCCACCCUAGCUCUACGCCAAGUACCAUUGUUCUCUUCUGCAUCUGCUCUACCGUUCCUCAGCCAUCCACCCUUUUGCCCCGUGCUAACUCUGUUCCAAUUUCGACAGUGUCGCAGUAUUACACUUUUUCCGCUCCUGAGCCAUUCGCUUAGUCAAUCCCAACCGCCCCUUUGUUCCGUACUUCUUCUGGCCCUAUCUAUAUACGGCCUCAUCCGCCCCGCGCCAAAUCUACUUAAAGUCAAACAUUAAUAUAAAUUCCGUUCCUGAGUAAAGUAACUUCACUUUUCCUGCUUCUGAUUCCUCUCCAUUAUCUCCUCCGCUGCCGCGCCUAUCCCACGUCCCCAAUGUCCAAUCAUCUUUUUCUAUCUCCCAUUUCCACCAAAGCUCUAUACCUAAUCCUGCCCAAUGCAAAGGACAUUACUCCAUUACGCCAAUAUAGGACUAUUUCCUGCCUCCAAGGACAAUAUUUAGCUGUGAAAUUGCAAAUCUAAAUAACUCUUUAAUAUGACUAAAAUCACUCUUAUAUAUCUAUCCAUUUUCAACAUCAUUCAGUUAUUAUAUUCCUAUUUCUAAAGGUUUUCUUAAUUAUGUCUAAUUCCCGAAUAGUCCAGGAAAAUUUUCAACAUUCAAUAAUAAUAAUUAACAAUUUGUAUGCUUCCAAUUUGACGUUAUCUAACUGCUUAAAAAAAGCGAAAAAUUAAAAAUCAAUGUUAUUGAAGUUUAGUGCAUUAGGGUAAUUGUGAAUGUUGGGUAAAUUUUAGUUUCGACUUGUGUAGGCUUGAAUAAAAUAACAAUCAUAUUUUUAAAGCAAUCAUUCGAGAAUUUUACAUUAUUGGAAUUAUACCAUCCGGAAUUACCCUAAAGCACCUUAUAUUAAAUAUGUGCUAAAGAAAUUGUCAGGAGCCAGAAACUUAAGGAACUAGGCUGUGCAAACAGACUUGACUAAAUCUUAGUUUUGAGGAUUUUUGAGUUCUAGUCUUUACUUCUCUUGUUUUAUUUGAUAGUGAUAUGGUUUAGAAAGGCUUAUUGUUAAAUGUUUUAUCUUUAAAAUUCACUUUAUUGCCUAUUAUAUGAAAGAGAAUAAAAUAAAAUUAUAACGAAAUUAAAACACGAUUUUAUGCCCGUAAUUAUUUUAAAUGAAUUAAACUUUGGGUGGAUAAGUUUAUAAAACAAGAAAAAAUCAGAAAAAUAGGGGAAUAAAACUUUUUCCGUUAUUUUUUAAUUCUUUGUAAAAAAAUUUAUAAAUAUAAUGGGCAAUGAAGCUAUAUUCAUUCCUAGAUUAGUCUAAGAUUCGACACACGUGCGUUAUAAAUUCAUGCAAAGGUAACUGAAGUCAAUUGUCGUUUAAAUCCUCGAAUAGAUGUAAAUGGAUGUUGCAAAUUACGCGGAAAAAGUAAGAUGGGGAUAAAAAAUUUUUUAUAGUAUUUGGUAAUAAAAUAAAUUAAGCAUUCCAGAACUGUGAAUUCGAGUAACGUCAAUCGUUUUAUUAGACGACCGUAAAUCUUUGUCAAUAAAAUUAAUAUUUCGUACUGAUUUAAAAGUUAAAAAUAAAUCAUCAGUAAGAGCUAGCGCGCACGAGCAACUUCACAUCUUCACUAAACAUCAACUGUAUGGGCUAGUAAGAAAGUGCGCGCACGGAGCGACGCAACUCCCCAUAGAGCUGAUGGGAGAGACAAAAUAGUUGCGGAGACAAAAGUUGCUCUUGCGUGCUAGCUCUAAGAAAUCUUGAUUAUUACAUAUUUGAGACUACUGGUACAUGCAUUACCGUCUUUACCAUAGGGGCACAGGGGGCCAGUGCCCAGGGCCCCCCAUCGUCUGGGGGCCCCCCUGGAGGAGAUGACAGACAUUUUUUCUCAUAUAAAUUUAUGUGAAAAAAUUUGUAUACCUAGUUUGGUUUCAAAGGGCCCCCAAUUCUUGUGUGCCCAAGGGCCCCGGCAUAGUCUAAGAGGCCCCUGGGUACAUGUGUCGAAUGUUAGACGGUCGCUUAGUUCAUUAGCCUCUCGGUAUUUGCACUGAUGUAUUCAUAAUAUUGUUUUUGUAAAUAGUUAUAGUUAAUGCUA